GGAAACCACACGGUGCUGUAGCUACAAGAGCAGGGGAAGGACAUGACGAUUCAAGAUGGCGAAGGACCUGGACGAGCUCUUGGAUGAGGUCGAGUCCAAGUUUUGCAGACCAGACCCACUGAGACUGGGUAUGGUCGAACGGCCCAGAGGCGGAGGCGGUGGCGGCGGCAUCCUCAGCAACGACCGGAGCCGAGCCGAGGCGAAAGAGAAUCUCAGAUCAACAGAAACAUUUAAAAAAGAACAUGAUCUUGACAGUCUUAUUAACGAAAUAUUUGAAGAGCCCAGCUUUGACAAAAAACGCUUUAAAUUAAAAUCUAAAUCUUCAGGUAACACAUCUGUCAGAGCUUCCUUUCAAGGCCUUGGUAAGAGCUGCAGCCCAGUAUACCUUGGUGGAAGCGCUGUUCCGUGUGGGAUUGGGACAAAUACUUCACAGAGAGCAUGUGACCAUCUGCGUUGUAUAGCCUGUGAUUUCUGGGUAGUAAGCUACGAUGACUAUGGGUGGGACAAAUCAUGUGAUUAUCUGUUUUUCAGGAACAAUAUGCCAGAAUUCCACAAAUUAAAAACAAAGUUGGUAAAGAAGAAAGGAACACGGGCAUACGCCUGCCAGUGCAGCUGGAGAACUGUUGGAGAGCUGACUGACCUUCAGACGGAUCAUCACCUUCGCUGGGUUUGCGGUAAACACUAGGAAUGCAGACUUUCCACAUUCAGACAAAUGCAUCCAUGAGAACAGUCUCUAUUAAUUGUCAUGAUAUUUAGGUAAAGGUACAUAGUAUCAUGCCCUUUGGAAAAGACAGGAAGUUUCAUUUAAUGGCUGUACAGAUUUUCAAAGACCAAAUGGACUUGGGAAGAUAAUGUGCUUUAACAUUUUGGAAUUAUUCCUUUUUGAUAUAUGGACAUUUCACUUAGUAAGGAAGGUAACAAGUUAUCCAAAUACUUCUUUGCUAGCCUGUCCCCUGUUAAAUAGAAAUUGAAUUGUGGAGUUUCAUACAAAUAUAUAGCCAUUCAGUAGCAACUGCAGUGCUACUGACUGCUAAUAUACUUAGCAUAAACAUUCCUCGUUACAGCAGUUAAAGGGGAUAAAGCUGGCCCUGCAGAGAGGUCAUUGAGGGGUGUACACGUCACCUCUUCCAGUCAGAUCUGUUGUUAGCAAAGAUCAUAAUUUAGACAUGUCAGAAACCAUGUGAUCUGUGGCUAAUUGAAGGGUUUUCGGGAGUCUGGGUAUAUUGUAGGUGAAAACACUGCCUGUAUCUGAUCUAACUUCACCAAUUCAAAGCAAUACUACGCACAGUAGUAAGUAUAUAUUACCAGUUUUAGCUUAUUUCUCCUCCUUUUGUUCAUUUAGAUAUCAGAAGUUAUUUAGUUUGCUCUUUUAGCAAGUAUUCAUUUCUAUAUAAAAGUGGGGUUUUUUGAUGCACCCAAAAGUACAAGGAAAAAUCCUAAUACAGACAGGUCAUUUUUGGAUUUUCCAAGUACCUCUUGCCUUUAAUGCCCUAAAACUCCAUUAAGUAAAGAGAACAGCAAGUAAGGUAUUUUCUCAGGCAGCCUGUUGAUUUUUCUGGUAGGAUCAGGUUGACAUGCUGUUUAUUGGUGAGUACAUGAAAAAAGAAAGCAUAGCUGAACCAACAGGUAACCUGUUGGGCUCCUUCUUAAUAUGACUAAGACUUGAGGAGCCCUACAAUAGCAACACAUUCAGAAAAUCGGCUACCUCAAAAUUACCAGCUCACAGCCCCAUCAAGAGAUUCCAAUUUGCCAGAAGCUCUUUACCGCAUGUGUCUAAUAUAUUGUUCAAAUGCGUGACACAAGGCUUGCUGAAAGGGAGGAACUGAAGCAAAGUUAUGAUCUGCGUAGUCUUAUACUGAAUCUGUUCCAGCCAUUUUACUCAAGCAAAGAAAGAUCUGGUCAUUAAACUCCUCCUAACCGUGAUACAUUUGCAUAUGUGUAUCACUUGCUCCAGUAAGCCUAGUAUUCCAACAGGAUAAAUCUCAUUGUGGCAGAUGCUCACAUUUUUGUAUUAAGAAUAUGUUUACCAAUCUUAUCUUUCAAUAAAAAUUUUUUACCCCCUAAAAUUUUAUCUCAGUGUAAUUGUAUCGGAAACGUAGUGGGGGACUUCCCUGGUGGCGCAGUGGUUAAGAAUCCGCCUGCCAAUGCAGGGGACAUGGGUUUGAGCCCUGGUCCGGGAAGAUCCCACAUGCCACAGAGCAACUAAGCCUGUGUCCCACAACUACAGAGCCUGCGUUCUAGAGCCCGCGAGCCACAACUACUGAAGCCCGCAUGCCUAGAACCUGUGCUCUGCAACAAGAGAAGCCACCGCAAUGAGAAGCCUGCACACCUCAGUGAAGAGUAGCCCCUGCUCGCCGCAACUAGAAAAAGCCCACAUGCAGCAACGAAGACCCAAUGCAGCCAAAUAAAUAAAUAAAUACAUACAUACAUUUUUUUUUUUAAUUGAUCCUUUUAAAGAAAAAAAAAGGAAACGGGGAUUUGGAUUGAAGUCGCUUAUUUCAAAAAAUAGCAGAGCAACAAGAUCCACACAUUCAGAACCUCAUGGAAUUUGACGCAUUUAAUCAUAAUGGUGAUUUUUUUUUUAAUGAGCAAAUUUACUAAAUUAUGGAUUUGAAAUUUUUUUCCUCUUUUAUUAGUUCAUCAUAACUAUUCUAUAACUUAGAUAUGUUGCCCAUGUUUGGCAUUCCAUAACAUAAUAAUUAUAAUAAUUAGUUCCCUAAUGUCAGAAAUGUAUAAAUGAGUUCACAUUUUUAUUGGCAAUUUAUAAGCUUUUUAAUAUUGUAUAAUUUUUAAUCAAAAAUUUAGAAAGAAUAUUAUGUUUAUAUACAAAUGGAUAGAUUAUUACCAGUUGUAAUUUAAGCCAAAAAUGCAGCUAUUUUAGUAUCAAUGUAGAAGAACAGUAUAGUUUCUAAUCAACUAUAAUUUUUAAGUGCAAAGUCUGUAAAACUUUCAAGAUGUUUUGCAUAUUUGUUUUCAAUAUUCAUAAUAAUUUUCUACCUUUAAUGAGUAUUUAUUUUUUUAUCAAGCCAGGUAGCUACUUUAUUUGA